AUGACGUUUAUGCUUGAACGGGAAAGUGGCUGGCGGUUAGAUGAACCUGAUGGAGAUGUGUGUCCCGGCACAUCGAAGAGCUUGGGCGAACAACGCGGGAUUCUUGCCGAUCUUACGGGUCUGGGCAAGACCCUUAGUAUGAUAUCACUUAUUGCCCAUGAUAAGCUUUCUGAGAGUGGAUCGCAAUUCAAUAGACAAGAUACGAACUCGUUAGGUUCUGGUGAGACACUUGUUGAAGUGCCUCUCUCACUUCUCGACAACUGGGAGAUGGAAUUGUGCAAACACCUUUCUGGGAAUCACUUCAACUGGCGUCGUCAUCACGCACAAAACCAACUGCGAGACAUGUGUCACUUGAGCACGAGUGACAUCAUCCUCACGACCUAUACGACACUUGCGAAGGAGUGGAAAGCUCAUGUAAAAGCCAACGCAAGCCCAGUUUUCUCACAUCAGUGGCAUCGCAUCAUUUUGGACGAAGCACAUGAGAUCAAGGACCUCAAAACAGCAAAAGCCCAAGCCAUAUGUGAGCUAAGAGGUGACUCUUGGUGGAGAAGAGACCGGAUCAGAAGCGUUGAGGAAAGUUCUAAGCUAUGUUAUGUUGAGACGUUCGCAAGACGCGAUAGCCUUACCACAACGACGAGAUCACCGGCGGCACCUUCAUCUCAGCCCCCAGGAGCAAAAGGAAAAGACAGCUACAGUAACGCAUUAGAGAAGAUUAAUGCUCUGGGGCUUGUCUGCGAAUUGGGAUGCUUUCAGAAGUUGAACCUUCAACAGACCCCUGGGAAGCCUGCGUCUUCUACGAGACUCCUGCCAAGAACACCAGAUCGACAGUCAACUCCGCUUACACCCGGAGGAGAAACAGAGGAGGACGAUGAUAAUCAAUAUGGCGCCAUUGCCGAAGAAAUCGACAACUUCUGUCCGCCUCUGACCAGGCUUGGGUCUAACUGGACUCAAGAGCCAAGCGGCAUGCUCUGUGGCGCCAUGCCCACAGAUCAAUGGCCGACCAAGAUCAGAACUCUUGUCGACGAUAUCAAAGGCUGCAUUCCAGGAACAAAAAGGUUGCACCGAGCUCUCAACGACGCCGGAAUAUACUGCGCCAAGGUUGAUGGAAAGAAAAAGUUAAGCAAGAGGAGUCGUAUCAUUGACGACUUCUCAAAGGCUGAUGUGGUGUCCGUACUUUUGUUGUCAUUGGGUUGCGGCGCCGUCGGUUUGACGCUCACUGCUGCUUCGAGAGCAUAUCUACUUGAGCCACAAUGGAAUCCGUCUAUCGGGGAACAUGCCCUGGCGAGAAUCCACAGAAUAAGACAAACUCAAGAGGUCACGACUGUUCGAUUUGUGAUCAGCAACUCCAUUGAACAGGUCUGUGAUGCUGAAUUCCGUGGUGGAAAGUAUGUCUUUGAUAUCCAAAAUGGGAAGCGGGACCUCAUGAGUCAGUCUCCUGAGCGCAAAGCCUGCCACAAGUCGUCAAUUGACAGCCAAACUACAGGUAAAUCAGACAAAUUUUCUCUACGCGCAAUUUAUCAUCUGACGGAUUUCGAAGCAAUUGCGUCAGCUUCUAAGAUAGACGAUUUGCUAGACAGCGAGUCACAUCCAGACUGUGUUGGUCGGGGCCACAGUACUAAUCAGAAUCUGGUAUUGGUCUAUUGGCUCCUUCGAGCUCAGGUAACAGCAUGA